CUUCAUCUCCCAGAAUACCUCACGCGGAGUUGUUGGUGUGUCGUCAGCCAGACACCGGCAGCGGCGUGGGUCUUCCUUGUCAAACUGAAAACUCUUUCAGCGUCGCAAAUAACAACCCAUAGGUCUUUUAGGUCAAAAUGACGGAACGGAAAGGAACGGCAAAGUUGGACUACCUGAGAAAAAUUGAGAUAGAUGUCCAGGAGAAAUGGGAGAAGGAAAAGGCAUUUGAGCAUGAUGCGCCCUCAACAGUUGGGGAAAGCAACAACAAAAACAAGUACUUUGUCACCUUUCCUUACCCCUACAUGAAUGGCCGGUUGCAUCUCGGCCAUACAUUCAGCUUGUCAAAGUGUGAGUUUGCUGUUGGUUAUCAAGCUCUGAAAGGGAAGAAAUGUCUUUUUCCUUUUGGGCUUCACUGCACAGGGAUGCCAAUAAAAGCCUGUGCAGACAAGCUGAAAAGAGAGAUGGAGCUGUAUGGGAACCCUCCACAGUUCCCAGAUGAGGAAGAAGAGGAGAAGGAGAAGGAAAAGCCGAAGACAUCCGAUGAAAUCAUCAUUAAAGACAAAGCAAAGGGGAAGAAGAGUAAAGCUGUUGCCAAAUCUGGAACGUCCACCUUCCAGUGGGACAUCAUGAGGUCUCUGGGUCUGACUGAUGGGGAGAUCACCAAGUUUGCCAAUGCUGAACACUGGCUGGAGUAUUUCCCCCCAUUGGCUGUUAAAGACCUCAAACAGAUGGGCGUCAAGGUGGACUGGAGGCGAUCCUUCAUCACCACAGAUGUGAAUCCCUUUUACGAUUCCUUCGUCAGGUGGCAGUUCAACACCCUGAAAGAGAGAAAAAAGAUCAAAUUUGGCAAAAGGUACACCAUCUACUCUCCCAGGGACGGGCAGCCCUGUAUGGAUCAUGACAGGCAGACAGGAGAGGGAGUUGGACCUCAGGAGUACACUCUCAUCAAGAUGAAGAUAGUGGAACCGUACACAGGCAAAUUCAAGUCUAAAGUCUUCUACAGCAGCGGCAUGAAAGGCAAAAGCAUCUACCUGGUGGCUGCCACUCUGAGACCAGAGACCAUGUUUGGCCAGACCAACUGCUGGGUGAGACCAGACAUGAAGUAUGUUGCCUUUGAAACAGCCAGCGGAGACGUUUUCAUCUCCACCAGUCGUUCUGCCAGAAACAUGUCUUACCAGGGCUUCACCAAAGAGAACGGAGUGGUGCCAGUGAUUAUGGAAAUACUCGGACAGGACAUCCUUGGCUGUGCACUGAGUGCACCUCUGACCUCCUAUAAGAUCAUCUAUGCUCUGCCCAUGCUCACCAUCAAGGAGGACAAAGGUACUGGUGUGGUGACAAGUGUUCCUUCAGAUGCUCCUGACGACAUCGCUGCUCUCAGAGAUAUAAAGAAAAAACAGGCUCUUCGAGAGAAGUAUGGAAUUGAGGACAAAAUGGUGCUGCCUUUCGAGCCGGUCCCCAUCAUAGAGAUCCCAGGCUAUGGAAACCUCUCAGCUCCUCUGGUGUGCGAUGAACUGAAGAUUCAGAGCCAGAAUGACAAAGAGAAGCUAGCUGAGGCCAAGGAGAAAGUCUACCUGAAAGGAUUUUAUGAGGGGAUAAUGCUGGUUGAUGGCUUCAAGGGACAAAAGGUCCAGGACGUGAAGAAACCCAUCCAGAAGAUGAUGGUAGAGAAGGGUGAGGCCAUGAUCUACAUGGAGCCAGAAAAACAAGUGAUGUCGCGUUCGGCCGAUGAGUGUGUUGUAGCUCUCUGUGAUCAGUGGUAUCUGGACUAUGGUGAUGCUGAGUGGAAGCAGCAGGCCAAUGAAGCCCUGAAGUCUUUGGAAACAUUUUGUGAAGAGACCAGAAGAAACUUUGAGGCGACCUUGGCCUGGCUGCAGGAACACGCCUGCUCACGUACCUACGGACUCGGAACGCGGCUGCCUUGGGAUGAACAGUGGCUGAUUGAGUCACUAUCAGACUCCACCAUCUACAUGGCUUAUUACACUAUAGCCCAUCUACUCCAAGGGGGCGUACUCAAUGGACAGGAGCCUUCACCACUCGGCAUCAAGCCAGAGCAAAUGACUAAAGAAGUCUGGGACUUUAUCUUCUUCAAGACGUCUCCUUUCCCCAAGACUGACAUCCCUAAAGUGAACCUCCAGAAGCUGAGAAGGGAGUUCGAGUACUGGUACCCUGUGGACGUUCGUGUGUCUGGCAAAGACCUGGUUCCCAACCACCUGUCCUAUUACUUGUACAACCAUGUGGCCAUUUGGCCCCAGGACAAUAAGAAGUGGCCACAGGCAGUGCGAGCCAACGGACACCUUCUCCUGAACUCUGAAAAGAUGUCCAAAUCAACGGGAAAUUUCCUCACUCUCAGCCAAGCCAUUGACAAGUUCUCAGCAGAUGGUAUGCGUUUAGCUUUAGCUGAUGCUGGUGAUACAGUGGAAGAUGCAAACUUUGUGGAAACCAUGGCUGAUGCGGGUAUCCUCCGUCUCUACACCUGGGUGGAGUGGGUGAAGGAGAUGAUUGCCAACCAGAACAACCUGAGAACAGGCCCUGCUAACACCUUUAAUGAUAGGGUCUUUGCCAGCGAGAUGAAUGCCGGCAUCCUGAAGACGGAGCAGCACUACGACAGGAUGAUGUAUAAAGAGGCUCUAAAGAGCGGCUUCUUCGAAUUCCAGGCGGCCAAAGAUAAGUACCGUGAGCUGGCCAUCGAGGGGAUGCACAGAGACCUCAUCUUCCAGUUCAUAGAGAAACAGACUCUGCUGCUGGCUCCAAUCUGCCCCCACCUGUGCGAAUACACCUCGGGUCUGCUGGGCAAGACAACUUCUGUGACCAAGUCGUCGUGGCCUCUGGCUGGUCCAGUGGAUGAGAUUCUGAUCCGUUCCUCUCAGUACCUGAUGGAGACGGCACACGACCUCCGACUGAGACUCAAAGCUUACAUGCUCCCUCCCAAAAGCAAGAAAGCAGAUCCCAAGCCUCCAGCCAAGCCGUCUCACUGCACCAUCUAUGUGGCCAAGAGUUACCCUCCAUGGCAGCACAGUGCCUUAUCCCUGCUUGGCAAACACUACAAGAGUAACAAGGGUAGUCUCCCAGACAACAAAGUGAUCGCCAGUGAGCUGGGAGCCCUGCCUGAACUGAAGAAAUACAUGAAGAGAGUCAUGCCUUUUGUCGCCAUGAUCAAGGAGAACCUGGAGAAGAAUGGACCGAGGGUUUUGGAUCUUGAGCUGGAGUUCGAUGAGCGAGCCGUACUCAUGGAGAACCUGGUCUACCUGACCAAUUCACUGGAGUUGGAGCAGAUCGACGUGCUGUUUGCAUCUGAGGCUGACGACAAAGUGAAGGAAGACUGUUGCCCAGGAAAACCGUUUUGUGUCUUCAGAUCCGAGCCGGCAGUAUGUGUCUCCCUGGUCAACCCUCAGCCAUGCAACGGCCUGUUUUCCACCAAGAUUGACGUACGUCAGGGAGACAGCAGGGACAGCCUGAUCCGUAGACUCUGCAAAGUCAACAGACUCAUCAAAGACAUGUCUAAAGUGAAGCUAAUGAGGUAUGAGGACCCCGUUGGGGGGCCCCGUCGGGUGCCCGUCCUGGGACAGGAGGAACUGGGCAAACUGCCCAUCUCCAGCAAGUCAGUGUUCAACAUCAAUCUGGAAGAGAAGAAGGUGACUCUGGCUGACAACGGCCUCAGCGUGGACAUCGGUGACACUCUGGUUUAUCUAGUACAAUAGAGUUACAUUCACUGGCUGAGAUUCACAGUGGUGAACGGCGGUGCAUUCAGCAAAAGGUCAUUUGUGAAAUGUGGCGGUGAAAUGCAGAAAACUCGUCGUUUUUACUAAAAGCCAUAGAACACUGAGUCGGUGCAUUUUAUAAAUAAUGUCUGCAUGCAGGAAUUACAGUCAUUGAUUAACUGGAUAUAGCGAGGCUGUUUCCCAGGAUGGUUUCGAGGAGUUGGAAGACAAAGAAAUUUAAAUAUGUUUAACAUUCUGAACAAGAAAACCCAAGUAAUUCAAAACACAGACAUGGCAGUGAAUACUUAAUCUCGCUGCUGAAGGGAAGGAAGUGUCUGAGUCUUAUUGAGCCGUCAAUCAUGGGAUUUUUUUUUUUCCCAUACGAACUUACCAUUUGUAUUUUAAGAAGUCGGUGGAAAAAGCAGCAGCGUUGACGUUUAUUACAAAACAUCUCUCACAGAUGAAGUCCUCCAGCUAUCAGGUCUUUUAUUAAACAGUGGUGGUUAAAUCUAAUCCAAAUCAUGGAAAUAAAUAAUUCAAGAUUAGUUUCUUGUUCCAGGGUUUUCUACAUCAGUUUUUGGAGUAAAACUACAAUGAGAUCACUUUUUUUUCUCCUUGAAGCAGCAACAUUUGAACAUUUUAUUUUACCAAAGGCGAAGAACAAACGUCUACAAUCCAUGUUCUAUUUAAUCGUCGUCCGAUCACGUCAGUUAACACGCAGGGUGUUUUCUCCUGCAUCCUCAUCGGUCUUUGUCGUCCCUCUGUUUUGCUGCUGUGAUGUUUUUUACAUCGAAGGUGAGGCACCUCUUUUCCUCCGCCUGUCAAACAGCUUUCCUGUUUCCUGUUUUCCAGCGUGGGAGGCAUAUGUCUGACUCCUGCGUUUCAAGAGAAAAAAAAUAAAGCAGACAAAGUAUUUCACCUCUCGCUGUUGUUUCUCCUCUCUGCUUUAUUUUUUUUUUUUUUUGCCCCCAAAAGCUCAUGAAUAAAACAAAUCUUUUCCACAGGAA